AUGCUGCUGCACCACCCUAUUCAUCAUGUCUUCAUCUUCUUCAUGCUCCUUUUCUCCUUCCCAAAUUAUUCACAAUCUUUAACCACUUAUGAGGAUGAUGAAAGGGCUAUUUUACUUAUCCUAAAACAACACUGGCGAUAUCCAUUUUCACUAUUUGAGCAGUGGAACUCCACUUCCUCCCCAUGUGACUGGCCUGGAAUUUCAUGCAACUUCAAUGCAAGUGUCACAUGGAUAUCUCUCUCCGGAAUGAACAUCCCAGGAUCAUUCCCGGCCUCAACUAUUAUAUGCCAGCUCAACAACCUUGUUUCAAUCAAUUUGAGUUCCAAUAAUCUUUGGGGAACUAAACCAGCUAACCUCUCCAGCUGCUCAAAGCUUGAAGAGUUGGAUCUAUCUGCAAAUUAUUUCACAGGAAAAAUACCAGGAGAUUUAUGUACAACUCUUGUGGAAUUGGACUUGUCUUCCAACAUAUUAUCAGGUGUGGUCCCUGAGACCCUUGGUGAUUGCUCAACCUUGGAACUUCUAGAUCUAUCCAACAAUAAAUUCUCUGAGACCUUAGAUUUGAGUUCAAAUAACAUCUCUGGUUUGAUUCCCUCUGAAAUUUUUAACGACCCUAAGAAUAGCUUGAAAGUGUUGUACCUUCAGAAUAACCUGUUUACUGGUCCAAUACCUGAGAGUAUAAGCAACUGUUCCCAAUUGGAAUCUCUUGAUCUUAGCUUUAAUUACCUUAAAGGGAAGAUACCAUCUAGCCUCAGAUCCUUGUUGAAGCUCAAGGAUUUGAUCAUUUGGAUGAAUUGGCUUGAAGGGGAAAUCCCGAGGGAGCUAACGUACUUGCAGUCUUUGGAAAAUCUGAUUCUUGAUUUCAAUGAAUUGUCUGGGCCAAUGCCUGAAAGUCUCAGCAACUGUACUAAUUUGAAAUGGAUUUCUUUGUCGAAUAAUUUGUUGAGUGGUGCUAUACCAGCUUCAUUAGGGCACUUGUCUAGUCUAUCCAUUCUGAAGUUGGGAAACAACACCAUCUCUGGGAACAUACCUGCUGAGUUGGGGAAUUGCCGCAGCUUGUUAUGGUUGGAUCUCAACACCAAUUUCUUGAACGGUACUAUCCCACCUGCUCUGUUCUUACAAUCUGGCAAUAUUGGAACGACAUUACUUACUGAGAAGCAAUAUGUGUAUAUUAAGAAUGAUGGAAGUGAGCAGUGCCACGGAGCAGGAAAUAUACUCGAAUUUGGUGGGAUUACACAGGAUCGCCUUGACAGGAUUUCAAUGAGGUGUCCCUGCAAUAUUAAUGCAGGCUACUGGGACAUUGCACAACCAACAUUUCACCACAACGGAUCCAUCUUUUUCCUUGACCUUUCAUACAAUAAGUUGGAAGGCAGUAUUCCAAAGGAAUUAGGUUCCAUGCACUAUCUCUUUUUUCUGAAUUUAGGGCAUAAUGAUCUCUCUGGUCCAAUACCUCAAAAACUUGAAGGCUUGAAGUAUGUUGAACGCCUUUAUCUAUCACACAACCGACUCAAUGGCUCAAUUCCACAAACAUUGACCAAUCUCAUAUCUCUUUCGGUUCUAGAUCUGUCUAAUAACCAACUUUCUGGAAUGAUACCUUGUUCAGGUCAAUUUGCAACAUUAACUGGAGAAUCAUUUGCGACUAAUUCUGGCCUUUAUGAUUGCUAUCAUCCUCAGUAUGGCCUAGAACCAAGUCCAAGUUUAAGUUCAAUUUCUAAGUCUAGCAGAUCAAAGAAAAAGCAUUAUAUCAUUAUAGGGUGUGGUGUAAUUGCAGGGCUACUAAUUUGGUUAGUAACUCAGUUACUCGUGAUCAGACUUGCAAGGAAAGGGAGAAUGGAAAAUGAUGGAGAAGAAUGGAGUAUGGUUUCAUUUCAAAGAUUGGGAUUCAAUAAAUGGGAUAUUUUGGGUGGUUUGACCGAUCAAAAUUUGGUUGGAGAUGGAGGGUCAGGAAAAGUAUAUAGAGUGAUCACAAAGAAAGGCAAAAAAGUUGCUGUUAAAAGUAUAAGGCAUGAACGAAAUGAAGGCCACAUUUUGGAGAAGCAGUUUAUAGCAGAGGUUAAGAUCCUUGGGGGAAUUUGGCACAACAACAUAGUGAAAUUGUUAUGCUGCAUCAGAGGAAAGACUACAAAGCUUCUUGUGUAUGAAUACAUGGACAAACAAUGUGCUCACAAAUGGUUGCAUGGAAAUAAAAGAGGCUUAACUACUCAAGUCUUGCAGUGGGAGAGGAGGCUAAAAAUUGCCAUCGGGGCUUCACAAGGGCUUUGCUAUAUGCACCACAGUUGCAAUCCACCCAUUGUUCAUAGAGAUAUCAAGUCUAGUAACAUACUCGUCGACUCUGACUUCAAUGCCAAGAUUGCAGACUUUGGACUGGCAAAGAUGAUGGCGAGUGAAGGAGAUCCAGAAACAGCAUCCGCUAUUGUGGGAACUUUUGGUUACAUUGCCCCAGAAUACGGCAGUACAAGAAAAGUGGAUGCGAAAAGCGACAUCUACAGUUUUGGCGUAGUUCUCUUGGAAUUGACAACGGGAAGAGAAGCAGUGACUGGAAAUGAGGAUAUGAACCUGGCACAAUGGGCACACAAACACCAAACAGAAGGGAACUCAGCUGCAGAUGCCCUAGAUGAGGAGAUCAAGGACCCACGUUAUCUGGAGGCAAUGAUCGCUGUUUUCAAAUUAGGCCUUGCAUGCACUUUGAAUUCCUCAUCAAGCAGGCCGUCCAUGAAAGAUAUUUCACUGAUUCUUCAAAGAUACAGCGAAAACACUCAUCUGUCUUUAGAGAACCAAUAGACAAUAUAAUAUUUCCACUUUACUUUUGAAUGCAAAAUAUUUUGCAAUGGUUUGUUUAGUUUAAUUUCACUAUUGCACUCACAGUGCAGUUAUGCUG